UUCUCUUUCAUAUGCCAAUGGAAACAAAGCCCUAAUCGGACCAAACCCUAGGGUUUACUCUAACCGGACCACUAAACCCACCUUUUUUUUUCUUCUCUCUCUCAAUUUUCCAGAAAAACCAUUCGCUUUCUCCCCAUCUUCUUCUUCUUCUUCUUCUUCUUCUUCUUCUUCUUCUUCUUCUUCUUCCAGCUCCCGCUCUCUUUCUGCAACUUCCCUUUUUCCUUUCUUUUCGUUUUUUCUUCACUUUCACUUUCUUUUUCCGCUGUCAUGGAGUUGGACAAAGUGGGUUACUCCCUGGACGACUCUUCUCUUUGGUUUCCUUCUGUUUUGGAAGCUUUGACGGUGGAGACUCUUCUCACUGCUGCUAACUCUCUUGCUUGGUUUUUAACCACGGCAGGAGCUCUGUUAAAUGAUGUCAAUGCUCCACCAGGAUUCACUGCAAUUGGGAAAAACUUUCCUUUCGAAGAACUUCAUGCAAAGAAUAAUCCCGAUCGAGAAAAUGUAGAUGGCAGUGAAACAGAGGAUGAUAAAGAUGGGGAUGAGGUUGAUGAUGAUGAUGCAAAUGACCAGGAUGGAGGGGAAGAUGUUGAAGAUUUCUCGGCCGAAGAAGGUGACGACGGAGAUCUAGAAGAUGACCCUGAAGCCAGUGGCAAUGGAAGGGCUGGAGGAGAUGAGGAAGACGAUGGAGAAGAUGACGAUGAUGAUGCAAAUGAUCCAGAUGAAGAUGACGACGACGACGACGAUGAAGAUUUCUCCGCUGAAGAAGGAGAUGAGGGUGAUCAAGAGGAUGACCCCGAAGCAAGUGGUAAUGGAAGAAUUGAAGGUGUUGAGGAGGAUGAAGAUGACGACGACGAUGACGACGAUGGAGAUGAGGACGAUGAUGACGACGAUGAAGAGGAUGAAGAUGAUGAGGACGAAGAUGAUGACGAGGAAACACUUGAACCACCGGCUAAGAGAAGAAAGUGAAAAUGUUGAUUGCUUCUUUCCUUUUUCUGUUAUCAGUGUUUCACUUCCCCAUUGUGUCUGGAGUUUGAAGUAACUAGUGAGGGGAACUUAGCUAGUCGGCCUUGGCAUUUAGGGGUAGCAAGAUUGUUGACCUUGUUAUUAAUGAACUUCCUAAAAUUUAUGUUGUGGAUCCACAUUAUAUAUCACAAUUUAUUUUGCUAAAA